AUGGACUUACUUGAUAAAAAUGAUCCCAUUAGUUCCAUUCAGGCAUCAAGAAAUGAAUUCAAUCGUAUGCAGCAAAAUAAUUUGAUGGAUGAUGGCGUGCAGUUUCACUAUGCCAUUGAUCUUCUUCGUACAACUAAAAAAGAAGCAUUAAAUCUCUCCAUCAAACUACUAGAAGAGUUAUUUAAAAGUACCAAGGAUGAAGGCCUUCGUCGUGACUGCUUGUACUAUAUGGCUAUAGCGUACGUAAAACUAUCGGAUUAUGAAAAUGCAACUAGCUGUUGCGAUAAUAUCCUACAAAUACAGCCGUUAAAUCAACAGGUUAAAGAUUUGCGUGAGGAAAUUCAAAGCCGUGCCAGAAAAGAUGGCCUUACUGGUCUGGCGGUUGUUGGAGGUGCCGUUUUGGGAGCAGCUGCGUUACUGGGCAUUGGUCUUGGUGUUGUAGGUGCACUGAUCAUUCAACCGUCGAAUCGUUUUCUUACUUUUGAACACGCGUAA